GCGUGCGCACUACAGCGGGACGCCGACGCUGGAACGCUGGGCUACGGGUGCACCUUCCCAGUGAGCCAGGCAUGGCGGGCGCGGGCCCCGUGUCGAGUGUGCUGGGGCUGCUGCUUGUGUCUGCGCUGUUUGGGGUCCUUGGUGAGCGCCCCAGCCCCGAUCUAGGGGCACACCCAGAACGCCGCUCUCAGGUCGGUCCCGGAGCCACCGAACCCCGGCGGCGGCCGCCACCCAAGGACCAGCGCGAGCGAGCCCGGGCCGGAGCGCUGCCUUUGGGGGCGCUGUACACUGCGGCCGUCGUGGCUUUUGUGCUGUACAAGUGCUUGCAGGGCCCGGAUGAGGCUGCCAUUCUCCAAGAGGAAAAAAACAAGAAGAAAUCCCUGCAGUCAGAACAACAGCUGGUACAGUUGACACAGCAGCUGGCCCAGACAGAGCAGCAUCUCAACAAUCUGAUGACCCAGCUGGACCCCCUUUUUGAGCGGGUGACUACUCUGGUCGGAACCCAGCGGGAACUCCUCAACAUGAAGCUCAAGGCCGUCCACCAGCUCCUGCAAGACCGCAACCCUGAUGCAGGUGUGCACGCUCCAGGAGGUGAUGGCUGGGAGACGGAGGCCGGGCAACUGGAACAAGCUGAUCUUUCCCUCCCAGAGGCUGGCAUGCCCUUUCCUGAGCACUUGGGGAAAGAGGACCGACAAGUUGCUGGAGAGAGUCAGGCCUGGGAGGGGCCUAUAGAGUGGAGCCCAGAUUCAUGGAACCUAGCUCCUUCCUGGGAGGCAGAGCAGGGGCUAAGGAGAAGAUGGCACAAGACUGUGACAAAGGACCCAGCAGGGAAGUGGGAACAACCCGCGAAGGGUUAGUAAAACCCAGCCUCCGUGUCCUGGCUCUUCCUCUCUGCUUUGCUGCUCCCAGACAGUCCGACACAGGAAUACUGGGGACAUAAGCCAACUGGGCUUCCCAGAAAAGAUUCCCAUAUUAGGAAAAGAGGCUGCCUUCCAGAAUUGGGAGAAGACAGAAGGAGCUACAGUUCUUCCCCUGAGGCUACCAAUAUGCCAGCCAUCAAGACUCAAACUCCUUUUUCUCAUGGUUUGGACAGAAAGGUCUUUCUAAAAAUACAACAAAACAGCACUUUAUUAAAACAAAGUAGCACUGUAUUAAAA